GAGUGGGUGGGCGGGCGAGCGAGCGAGCUGCAGUGCGCCUUGCGUGCGUGUUGAGCGAUGCCGCGCUCCGCCCAGUGGAGGUCGUCUCGUGGUUGUUGGUAAGCGCGGCUGCCAUUGGCCUCGGAGUGACAGCGCUCCCAUACCAACCCGAGCCACACCGCUCCCAUACCAACCGCCAACAACGGGAGGACGCGGGGCACACGGGAGCGAGAGAGGAGGAGAGGCGAGCAGAAGACAAAACGACCCCAGCAGAGCACGGAGCGCCGCGUCCGUAGGGCUGGCAGCCAUGGACGCCGUGAGACGCGAGGAGGAAGAGCAGGGUGAGAAGAGGAGCGACGUGGAGCCAGUGAAAUUCCAGAUCAGGAGGCUCGAGCAACGGAACAUCUUCGUGACGCAGCUCGGGGAAGGAAGAGAUGAAGAUGAAAAUAUCAGAAAAUUUCCAGUCGUCAAGGAGGGCCCCUCCCGCCUACUCGAGGCCCCUGGGGCUGCCCCCCAGGAGACCCUGCUCCUGCGACGGGAGGUGGAACGGAGGCGCAUCGACGCGGAGCUGGAGGAGGCUCGCGGGAGGUUUCGCCGGCGCAUGGAGGAGUGCGGGGCGCGUGGGCGCCAGCUGCAGCAGCGGCGCAGAGAGGAAGAGGACCGCGCGCUGCAGCUGCAGCAGGUUCUGCGUGAGCAGGACGCGCGCACGCGGCGUGCGCUGGCGCGCCAGCGGAAGGAACGCGCGGAGACGGAGGCGGCGCGAGGAGAAGCGGAGCAGCUGCGCGAGCUCCUCAUGCAGCUGCAGUGCAGGUGCCAGAAGCUUCAGAGGGCCACGGGCAGGUGCAAGGUGUACGAAGAUUUCCUCAGAGAUGCUCUCGAUCGCUUCCCCGAAGGGGAUGCGGGCGGCGAUGGCCACGACGCCUCCGGCCUCAUCCGCCGCCACACGGGGCUAGAGGCAGCGAGGGUGGCUCUGCUCGGCCGCCUGGGAGACCUGGGACGUGAUCUGGAGCAGGCUCAGCUCCAACUCGCGCAGCUCACACGCGGCUUCAGCCACACAAGCAUGGUGAUCCACGGGGAGAUGUCUGAGCUGCGCUCUCGGAGGGAGCGAGCGCAGGAGCGAUGCCGCGCUGCCGAGGAGCGGCUCCUUGCCUUGCGCCAGCAGCACCACACCCAGGGCCAGGAGUUGGGCGCAAUGCUGAUGGCGAUUGAUAACCUGGCGGAGAGCUGCUACCUACGUCAAUAUGGCUCAUUGCAGGACAUGGACUCCUUCUCCAAGCUAGACAUGGUCCAGGAGUGCCUGCUCGAGAGGAUGGAGGUGCUGCGCGCCGUGCGCUCCGUUCGCCACGCCGCACCGUCGGCGUCCAGCGACCGCUCCCGCAAGACGGAGCCGUGGGGACCCCGGGCCCCCCGGAGCUCGGCCCCCGCGGGAAGCCUCCCUCGCCCGCCACUGCCCCCCGUGUCAGGCCAGGGCGGACGGUCAGGCAGGCAGGGGAGCACGCGGGUGUUGGUGAAGUUAACUAUUCCUGCUGUGAAAUAGGGCCUUGCCCUUGUGCGAUUACGCUCGCUGAUCCUUGGGUUAUCGUGGUUGUGCCACGUGGCUCUCCGAUGUGUUAUUGAGCUGUUCCGUGUGUGGUUCGGCACGAUAUUUAAUUUCCUAAGAACGUGGAACAAAACGUCAAAUGAUCGAGCCCGAAAUAAACUUCAUAUGUCACGGAGCCGUAGACAUAGAAUUGUCAGCUCAGUGUUUUUUUACAUUUCAGAACUCUUAAGAGGUAACCGCGUGGCUGAGCGGUCAGAGGGCUGAGCUGACACAUCCAAACAAGAGCCACGAUAAAAAAUUAUAUUUUAUACAUUUUGCUGUUUCUCAGUAUGGACGUGUGUGGGUUUGCGCGAUGUGUUUCGUGAUUCGAGAAGGCAUGGGAAUUGCAGAGAUCGGCUAUUUAGCAUUUCCCUUAUGAGAAUGUGUUGUUGGAUGCUUGUGUUGCGCCCGAAACGUCGUGAUUUAUUUUAUACCUACGUGACUUUACCGAAAGAACCAAAGAGUAUGGAUUCCUGCGGUCACGGAAGCUUCAAAUCAAGAUGAAUGUGUUGUUAAGUUUGCGAAUGGCCAUGAACAUUAAAGUGAUCAGCAUUAUUGUG